AUGGAAGAUAAAAUAUUCUCCAAUAUUCCUGAAAAUUUACGCAUCGGUGUAUGUUCUACAGUAGGAGCUCUCUACUUAGCUGCAUCGGUUUUCACAAUCAUGAUCAAUGGCCUGUUCUUGUUUGUUAUAUACAGAGAUCCACUUAAGUGUUUUAGGCGACCAUUUGCGGUAUUAAUCACUGGACUAGCUAUUACUGAUUUUACCGUAGGAGCUAUUGGUGACACCACCUCUGCUAAGAAUGAGUUUUACUGUGUUAAAAACCAAGACAGCCAGAACUCGUUUGACUACGUUAUGGAUUACUUUAUCGAUAACUCUGCUACAGUGCUUGUGGUUGCUUUGUCUGUUGACAGACUUACUGCGGUUGCCUUCCCAUUUUUUUAUCGCUGCUCUGUAAAGAACUUCCAUUCUAUCAUCAUGGUCAUCUCAAUUUGGCUCUACUGUUUGGUUUUCAGUUUACUUCAGCUCACUGACAUUCCGGAGGAAAUCUAUGAUUCUAUAGAUGUGCAUCUUCACGUAACAUUUGCACUCUCUUCUACUGCGGCAGUAAACUGUGUUAUUUACUUGAUCAUCCGAAAGAGAAGAAAGCUUUUUCCUGGAGAAGAGAUUCCAGGACGGAAAGCCGAACAACAUCGCCGAAAUUUGCAACGCGAAAAGGAGUUUGCCUUCACAACUUUCCUGAUUCUUUUAGUUUUGGUUCUGACACAGAUUCCAUACCUUGUUUUGACAAAAAUUGAGUCAAACUGUGAAAGCUGCCUCGAGAGUUCGUGGUUUUUUGUGACAAAUAAGUUUUCAGAUUUCCUGUUGUGUGUGAGUUCCAUUGCGAACCCGUUUCUUUACGGAUGGAGAGUGAAACAAUUUCGGAAUUCAUUCAUGACAAUUUUUUGCAGAUCUAGACUUCAUCAAAAUGACAUGGAAAUGUCGCAAACUGCGGCGCAGGAGAACGAAGGAACAAGGGAGUCUCACACAUGA